UGCACCUUUCACUUGAGCUUCAACAUGGGAAAGGGAAAUGAAGACCCCGAUCUCCACUGCUCCUCCAUCCGAUGCUCCACUGACCAGCCCCCUUUCCAACCGAUCUCCUUUACAGAAAAGGGCUCAGAAGAGAAGAAACCAUUCAAAGGAAAAGGCAAGACUGCCUUCUCCCAUUCCAGUCAGAAGCACAUACAAAGGCAAGGAUCAGAGCCCAAUACAAACAAGGAGGAGAAUUCUGAGGAAACGAAGCUCAAGGCCGGGAACAGCACUGCUGGAUCAGAACCAGAGUCCAGCUCAUAUCGGGAAAACUGCAGGAAAAGAAAAAUCAGUUCCAAAAACAGCUGCCAAGACAGAGCAGGGAACCGUCCAGAAGAGGAGUGCAGCUUGAUGUUGAAAAGGAAAUCAAGAUCCUCCACUGCUGUGCACAACAGUGAAAUCCAGGAGACCUGUGAUGCCCACCGUAGGGGACGUUCCAGGGCUCGCACUGGGCACAGCAAGUGGCACAGUUCUCGACCCCUAGGAGUCCAAACACCGUCACUUCGAAAAAGCUUGGUGACCUCGGUGCGAGCUAUGUCAGAGGCUGUUUAUCAAGACCUAGCCCAGGUGUGGGCACAGCAGAUCCAUUCUCCACUGACCUGUGAGCAGCUGACACUGCUCACUCGGCUCCGGGGGCCUCUGUGUGCCCAGGUGCAGACCUUGUAUUCCAUGGCCACCCAGGCAGCUUAUGUCUUCCCUGCAGAGGGCUGGCUUGUCCCAGCCACACUGCCUGGUCCUGGGGAUUCAGCCCUGGAGAGAGAAGCCCAGCCCUUCCCUGGGCAGGAGAUAACUGAGCCUGUCAGUGGAUCAGAUGAGGCUAAGCUGGGAGCACCCUGACCCUAUUCAGCAGUGAUGCAGCUCUGGGAAUGAGAACAAGGACCUGCUUCUUCUCAGAUUCUUCCAGAUGACCAGCAGUGACAAUUUUAGACACACUGUGUUAAUAAAUGACAGAACCUGAAGAAGUCAUAGGAAAGAAACUUGAGUGGUAUACUCAGAAUGAUGAGCCCUGCAUUUUGCAGACCGCUAAG